UUGAUUGAGGCCAGCACAAUUUAAUAAGAGCAUAUGCCAUGGUUCUGAUGAUAAUUGGAUAAUACAUGAUGAGGUCUCAAAACCUAUGGUUAUUUUUCCCCCAUAUUGAUUCUGUGAGCUUAUGUCCUUUUGCUUAAUUUAACAUGAAAAAAGGAGAAAAAAUCACGAUUAUAUCUGAAUUCAAUAGUACAAACUUCACUUUUUGCACUUUUUUAAAAUCACCAUUACACAUUUAUCCAUCAUCCGGAAGUCAACAACAUGUCAAUAUUGAAAUGGUCCAGAAGCGAACAAUCAACACAAUCCAAAUUUCAAACCACCUACGCCACUGCAUAAAACUAGCUUAACACAUUCCUCUCCAACUGCUAUAUCUUUUCCGUAUAUAUAUUUUAUCUACAUUAACCGUGUUAAUCCCAGUGUAAGAAAACAGCACCCGAAGAUGGUUUUAACAAUACAAACGACCAUUCAUUCUUCCGUAGAGAGAGGACGGGUAUACCUUCAGGUUUGAAAAGUAUGGGUGAUACCAUAAAGUGCCCGUUCUUGUUUCACAACAAAAGAUAAAAAGAUUGUUUAGGCCCUCCUAUGGAAAAAGGGCUGUCCUUCGUACUCCGGGAAAAAGGAUAAAGAUUCAUAACAGUAGAGGAAAAAACGAGAUGACACAAUAAACUAGAAACCUGGUAUAGAUAUCGACCAUGCCCACAAAGUGUAUCUGAAAUCAGUCGUUCGCUGUCUACUGUCUAGUGUGUGUGGUGUUAAAGAUAUCGUGUUCCGUAAAGUACGGUUUCCGGCAGUGUAGAAUUUCUACACCGGCGGUUAGGACAAUUCCCAGUUUUUUUUUUAAUUUAAGAAAAGGGGAAAAGUAUUGUUAAAAAUUUAGUGAAUUAAAAAUAUUGACAAUACGGAUUACUGAAAGUUUCAAAGGAAGAUAAUCCCAGGAUUCGAAAAUAAAAUCAAAGAAAAAUAGUUAAACAAUCAGCACUCCCUUGAUGAUGUGUUAAAAAUAUCUAAGUGUACUAUCUAAAUAGUGUGAAUCCCAUAUGUGCUUUGUUUCAUAAAUCGGAUUAAUAUCACUUGCACAAAUUGUUAAAUUAUGUAAAAAAGGUAAUGCCGUUUUAUCUGUAGUGUUUUCUUGUUGUUUGAUAAAUACCGUUUAAUGUUUUGGUGAUUGCAAAUGUGAAAUUUUAAUUAACAUUUUCGUAAUCGUUGGAAAGUACGAAAAAAAAAGAAAAAGAUAAAUUGUAGUUAUCGUAUUUAUCAUAAACGUGUGAUUUGUUUUAGUCACGCAGCAUGGAGUGAAAAUCUUAUCAGUAUACUUAGAACCAAAUAAGUUACUGAGAUUGAAUCUUAUAUUUCACUUGAGAUAUACAAAAAAAUGGUAACACUUAUGCCAUUUGGUUAUCCGGCACCGCCAAGAUGUGGUCUUAUUGAAAAGAUGUUGGAGCCAAAGGUCAAACGACUUAAAAGCGAGAGUACAGAUUCAGGCGAACGAAACAGACUAGGCAGCAUUUCUAUAACAUCCAGCGAUCAAUGUAGCCCAAAUAUAAGCACCGGAACCAAUAGCAACAACGGUAUACUACUCUCCUCACCGUCAUCAUCCUCAAUAUCAUUUGCACAAUCCAGUCUCUCCCAUUUAAACAAUAACCAACAGCACCAACAAUUGAUUGCCACAAAUUCAAAUCUCAGCACAGGAUCCAGUAGACUCAAUCUCCGAUCGACCUCGCCAUCAGGCAACAGUAGUGCAAAUUCUAGUUCAUCAAUCUCUGGACUACCACCUGGCAUUGUAUUACCUGACGUCAAUGUUGCUACAAACGGAGAUAACCUUUCAAUCAGUGCCGGUCUUAACUUAACAUCAUCUAGUAGCGGAAGUAGUGGUAGUAGUACAACAGGCGGGAGCGGCGUCAUCGGACGAUCUCACCACCCCGAUCUGGGAAUGUCACAUUGGUUGUCCGCGGCCGAAUCGAAUCCUGUGAAGUCGGAAAAUCGUAGCCCUAGUAGCCUAGAUUCAGUGGUGAUAGCAGCCGGUACAGCCGGGAUUUCUUCGGCAACAGGAUCGGGUUUAAUAGGGGCUAGCGGAGCACACUUGGAUCCUGCCUUGUUCUGUUCUGCAGGACUAGUGGAGGGACCAGUGGCUGGAUCGUCGUCAGUACAAGGGUCGAACAUUGUAACGGGAAACGCUACUUCGGCGUAUGCAGAUCAUAAGCAAGAAUAUUAUAGUUAUUACAACAGCAUGCAGCAAUACACGCCUUCAUUUUAUCCAUCCUAUGGGUCACCGUAUACGACAAGAACCCAGGGAAAGAUUCCAUCUCCCAAUACAUAUUUGACUUCAAGCUACACAGCGGCAGCAGCGGCUUCAAAUAACAACUCUUCUCAACUCUAUUCAACGUAUGGCUACAAUAAUUUUAGUCAGUUUGGGGCUUCCCAGCAGGAUUACACAGGAUACUAUAACGACCAAUACAGCAACUAUUAUAGCCCUGCCAGUUACUCCACCUACGUCAGUUCUCCUGGCUCGAGUGCAGGUCACGGAUUCCACGUGGCACCUGGAUUAUCCGAAAGCCCAUCUGAUGGACAUUCUACUACUCCGAUCCUACAUACCACCCACUCCCCUAACUCGCCAAUCACGAUAUCACCCAACGCAGUUCUCUCAGCAAAAACGACCACACCAACGAGUAAAACAGGACGAGCGCGAGGACGUCGACAUGCUCACCCUAGCCCAACACGAAGUACAACUUCCGAUCCGGGUGCACCAGAUAAUGUGAAAUGUCCCGAACGAGUUUUCAUCUGGGACCUCGACGAAACCAUCAUAAUCUUCCACACUUUGCUAUCAGGCUCAUAUGCAAAUCGUUAUACCAAAGACCCUAAUCACCUGCUUCAACUGGCAUUCCGAAUGGAGGAGUUGAUCUUCAAUAUGGCCGAUACACAUUUCUUUUUCAAUGAAAUCGAAGACUGUGAUCAAGUUCAUAUCGAUGACGUUUCGUCGGAUGAUAAUGGACAGGACUUAAGUAACUAUAAUUUCGCCACAGAUGGAUUUCAUUCCGGUGCGCCUCAAGGUGCUCCACCAAACCUGUGUUUGCCCACUGGCGUGAGGGGUGGCGUUGAUUGGAUGCGAAAAUUAGCAUUUCGUUAUAGGAAAAUUAAGGACACGUAUAAUAUGUAUAGGAAUAAUGUUGGUGGCCUUCUGGGACAACCUAAACGUGAUCAAUGGCUCCAGGUUCGUUCAGAAAUUGAAGUAGCAACGGACAAUUGGGCAAGCCUAGCAACAAAAUGUCUGAAUAUGAUAGCACAACGUGAAAAUUGUGUGAAUGUUUUAGUUACAACGACACAGUUAGCGCCAGCACUAGCUAAAGUUCUACUGUUCGGUUUGGGACAAAUAUUUUCUAUUGAAAAUAUCUACAGCGCACAUAAAGUAGGGCAAGAAUCAUGUUUUGAGCGAAUUGUAACGAGAUUCGGCCGAAAAAGUACCUACGUUGUCAUUGGCGACGGCCCCGACGAGGAGACAGCCGCGAAAAACCUGAAUUUUCCAUUCUGGCGAAUAUCGAGUCAUAGCGACAUCAGAGCCCUCUACACAGCUUUAGAUAUGGGAUUCUUAUGAAAUCCCAUUGUUAAUACUAGAAACGGAAAUUUAGAGAAACUUGUGAUGAUCAAAUCGACAAUUUUCUUUACUGUACACAUUAAAUAUUAAAAAAAAAUAAAAACAAAAA